AUGGUGGAUGUUUCAGAGGAUCAUAUGUAUCCUGAAUGGAGUGACGAUGAAGAGAAUAAGGAUGCAGCCCUAGACAAAUUGAUUAAUGAUAUUUUCCAUGAUUGCUUACCUUCAGAUGUUUGGAGAGUUGACACAACAGUGAGCAUGGGAAGAAAAAAACGAAAAGCUAAAGGAAAUGAGACUGGCGAGUGUCGAAGCAGUGCUAAAAAAUUGAAAACGAAAGCUGAUUUCUCAAUCGAUGAAGAAAGAGAAAAAGAUGUAAUGAAGAAGGAGAAGAAAGGCAAGGAACAUAUGGAGGAUGUUGAAGAUGAGAGAAAAAGCUUGUUGGAUAUUUGGAGGAUGAUAGAAAAAAUGAAUGAGUCAAUUAGCGACUUGGGCAAAAAUUUAAUCAGUAGGAUGGAUGCAUUAGAAGGUAAAUUUGAAGCUUUUGUUGAGAAGAGAAUGGUUGUGUUAGAUGAGAAGCUUAGUGAUAGGAUUAGAAUGGUGGAGGUAGAUUUGAAAGGGAUGAAAGAAACAAAACCCACUAAUGUCCCAGUUGAUUCGACUUCAAACAACAAUGAAGAGGAUGAGGCUAAUAGUCAUCAACCAUCUUGGAUGGUAGAGAUGAAAGAGACAUCAAAAGAUGAAUUUCCAGUCCCUCAAGUGGUUAAAAAGACAAACACUGUGAGUAAUAAAAAGAAGAAGUCAGAAACUGAAGUAUCUGCUGAUCUUCCUCUGUGUGAGCAGACUUAUGUCACUCAAGAUCAUCAGAAGAACUUAGUGGGUGAUGUUUUAAAGAAACUUGGUCGCAAGAAUGUUCGGCCAGCUGCUGUCAAAGUUGAAAAGGAGAAGGGAAAGAGGCCAGCUGUUGAUGGUAGUGAACUUGAAGAUAUUACUGACAAAGUUGUUGCUCUUGAUACAAAAAUGGCUUCUAGUUCAGAAGAUACAUGGGAUGACCCUCAACAACAGUUGGUUAGUAAAAGGCUUGAUGCAACAUUGACACGACUUGGAGAGCAUUUAAAAAAUUUGGAUGGAGAUACGACACUAGCAAAACGAGUUCCGCAGUUGGCGAAAUCUCAAAAGUAUCCAUUUGUUGGUAACUCUACUGUGAAACGAAUAAUCUCUUCCAACGUGUCUUAUGAUCAUCUAAAGCCAGCUGAAGAUGCUAAAUUACAGAAACUUAUGGAUUUCCUGAAGCUUGAUGAGGAGGCACCUUUGCAAACUGGGAAUCCAGAUGUUAGAUUUUAUUGGCAGAUUAUGACACCAAGAUUGGACUGGCCUAGUUUUGAUUAUGGAUGGUUGAAAGACUUUCAAUCUCCAAAGCAGACUUAA